AUGAUUGUAUGGCAUCAACUAAUCCGUACCAGGGGUGGUGCUAUUGUCUAUCGCAUUGCGCUCUAUGAGCCAGACUUCGUUACCCAUGUAUUUUCAGUCUGUACCCCUUACUGGCCACCCUCGAAGCAAUAUCUAUCACUUGAACAGAUCAUUGCAAAAAUACCCUUCUUUGGCUAUCAGGCCCAACUUGCCAAUGGCGGAUUAGAAGACAUAAUCCAGUCAAAGGAGGAAAUUCGUCAAUUUUUAAACGCUAUGUAUGGCGGAAGGACAGCAGACGGCAAACCAGCAAUAAGCAUGGAAAAAGGAGUACUGCUUGAGAAACUUCCCGGCGUUCAGCAAACCCCUCUACUCAGUGAUGAAGUAAGCAUCCCGCUCCAUCCUCCUCAGAAGGACGAGCUAGAGUUCUUGAACAGGUCUUUGGAUAUACCAGUCCUGUAUAUCUUAGCAACGAAUGAUACUGCACUUCGGCCAGAGCUUUCGCGUAAUAUGGAGCGGAAUAUCAAACAUUUGACUAGGGCUGAAGUUGUUGCUUCACACUGGGCUCUCUGGGAAAGCCCUGAAGAAUGCAAUACGCAUAUCAAAAGCUGGAUUGAAGGAGUGGUGUUUGGGAGGAAAGUGAAGCUCUAA